CGGGUGCUGCUGGCUGCGCUGCUGCACGAGACCCACGCCGGUACCACCACUGUGUGCUUCCUUCGAGGAGGCUUCGAUGCCUUCCAGGCCUGCUGUCCCGACCUGUGCUCCGAGUCGCCGGCCCCAGCGAUGCCUCCUGCUGGGGCAGAAAGCAGCCGCUCAGACCCCAGGGUUCCCUUCUAUGACCAGGGUGGCCCGGUGGAGAUCUUGCCCUACCUCUUCCUGGGCAGCUGCAGCCACUCGUCGGAUCUGCAGGGCCUGAAGGCCUGUGGCAUCACCGCCGUCCUCAACGUCUCCGCCAGCUGCCCCAACCACUUCGAGGGCCUUCUGCGCUACAAGAGCAUCCCGGUGGAGGACAACCAGAUGGUGGAGAUCAGCGCCUGGUUUCAGGAGGCCAUAGGCUUCAUCGAUUCUGUGAAGAACAGUGGGGGCCGGGUGCUGGUGCACUGCCAGGCGGGCAUCUCCCGCUCUGCCACCAUCUGCCUGGCAUACCUCAUACAGAGCCACCGCGUGCGGCUGGAUGAGGCCUUUGACUUUGUUAAGCAACGCCGGGGGGUCAUCUCCCCCAAUUUCAGUUUCAUGGGGCAGCUGCUCCAGUUUGAGACUCAGGUGCUAUGUCACUGAGGUGCACACAGCUGUGGUUCCAGGGGCGCUGACCUGGGACAGCUAGGCUGUCCUUGGGGGCCUCACAGCCCCCCUCACCUCAGGGAGAACUGCCCCUUCCUCGGAGUUUGGAAAGCUCCCAGGUGGGGGCGCUGGAAGUACAGGAAUACUGGACUCUCAUCUGGUGCUCUUCUGCUAGGGUCUGAGGGCUGGCCCUCAUCUGGGGACAAGAGUGAGGGUUUGUCUACUUCCCUCCUCCCCCAUCCUCUGGCAGAAACUAACUGGACUUUACACCCGUGGACCCAGUGGCCCCACCACUGUGUUGAAGCCCUUGGCAGCCUGAGAGCCCAAGGGACAAGCUGUGACAACCAGGAGCCCAUCUAGGGUGGCGCACCCCAGGGCCUGGAGCCUGAGCCCCAUGCUUCUAGGGAGCUGGGCUUGGAGAACAGACGCGCCCCUUGUGUGGACGCCUCUUGCUUGCGUGUGUGUAUUUGAGCAUUUCACGCCCUGUUGGCGCUGGAAAGUUAUUUGUGUUCAACUGAUAUUUAACACUCCCUCCCCUACUUCCUCCCGCCCCGUGGGCGGGGGUUGGAAACUUAGCACUUUAUAUUUAUACAGAACCUUGAGAAUAUGCCAAUAAAAUAUUGUUUUGUUUAAAAAAACAACUUCGCAAGCAUCUGGUCUUAAGUCAAUGUCUGGGGAAAUGUCCAAACGCU